GUACUGAAGUGUAGUGGUGGCGAGCGCGAAAUUCAAUAGAUUUAUUUUGACGAUGAAAUAGGAAAAUGCACCAGUUUGAGCAAUUGACUCAGCAGUAUUCAAGUUUAAUGUCGACUACGAACCAUAGUUGAUAAAUAAAAAUUCAAGAUUUAUUUGUUGCUUGUGAAGAGGUCAAAUAAUGCAUACAAUUUCCAUUUGAUAUGGGAAGCCAGGAAGAGUUUCGAAGGAGAAAGAGGCAAAGAAAAACUAAAUCGGAAAGAGACAAGACUAGAACAUCAGUGCCUAGUCAGGGCGAGGUAGAUGUGAAACAGGAUGUUAGCAGGCACCUGAAGACAGCCCGUCAUGUUUCUUAUCCUCUGCGGUCUUUAGGUGGCCUUGCCAGUGAUAAAAGCAGCAGCAUCAUCUCACAAAGUAGACUAACGAGAAGACUUGGACUGUACAACCAAUCAAAAACAUCAAGGAAGAUUUGCAGAGAACCAAUAAUCGUACCAGAAUCUGUUAGGAAGAAAACUGAAGAAGAUCUCAAGAAGAUUUUAGAUCUGACAGAAAAAAUGCCAGCAUUACAAAUGGAAGUAGAUAUGGAUGUGUCGAGUCCCACUUUGUCUGUUGUGGAGAAAAAUAAACCAACAAGUAAGUCUUCAGCAACAGCAGUACAUGAUGUUCCGUCAUCAGGUAUUAGCCUUCCAUCCACAUCCCAUGAAGUGACCCCUGUUGGACCAAGUGGUAGCAACUCCAACACUAAACACAGUGUCAAAGCCGCAGCAUCUGCAUGUGCCAGCUUAACAGAUAUGGAUGAGGAUGUUAAUGACGAAGAUGACUUUCCUUCGUCUCCUCCAAUGAAUGAAAUAGCAGAAUAUCUUUGUGGUGAGCUAGAAAACCAAACGAUGUUCAGAGAUAGAGAUCUAGUGCAAGAAAUAUGUGAUGAAUUAAUAAAGAAUUUCAGAAUCAUUGGACCACGUUGUGCAACACCGUCCAGUAAACAGAAUGAGAAGUCUGUGGCUGCUGGAAGUAUUCGAAGAGUCCUGCUUGACAGUUACUCUGACAGUCCAAACAAAGAAAAUACAGACUUGAUGCCCACAGCAGAAAUAAUAAUUUCACAAAAUUUAUCGACUUCAGAGGCUAGGUGCAGUGUUCAAAUACACGGGGAUCAGAAGUCGACAUAUUUCCGUGAAUCUAAAUCUGAAAGCGCUAAGAAUCAUUUCUGUAGAUCUUUGGCGUUCAAUGAAUCAUGCAGAAAUAUCCUAGAAACUGUCCACCUAAAAGAAAAGGACAUACGGCAAGAGUGUGCUGAUGCUCUUAUACUGUUGGGGAAAACACAUCAGGCAAUUCGAGACAAUGGAGGAACAGUGGAGAUGAUGUGCAAGUCAGGAAAGGAAGUGGACAGUAAUGUUAAAAAUGUGAUGACUUUAAAUAAUCCUCACAGAAAUGUGACAGAAUCCCAAUCUUCCCCCAGUGCCCUAGCCUUACUUGUCCAGAAUGACAAAAAUGAAGCAAGUCUUUUAGCAAAACAAGCUGAAUGUGGGUCUAGUCAUAUUAGCAAAGACCCUUUCCUUUUGUAUCACAGAAAUUACAAAAUGACUGAAAAAGACCUUUACGGCAGAGAAACUACUUUGCCGUUGCCCGAUAGAGCCUCAUAUUACAAUAAUAAGAAUAAAGCUCAUACCAGUUGUAUAGACAUGUCAAGACUGUACGACGGCAGCUGUAGCCAACACUUGAAAGAACAAAUUAUUCCUGGCAGUUAUUCCCAAGCGUCUGGAUUUUACCGUCAUUACCCACAGAUGUCGACAAACACAUGUACUGUGUCAUCGCUUGAUCAGCUGUUAAAGUGUGACAGACCUCUCGAAAGAUGUUUGUGUUCAGAUGAACAUUCUUUUGUAGUACCAACAAUUCACAAGAAUGUCCACAAACCGCUGGAGAGUCACAGACAGAACCUAGCGCUCGCCAUCCAGUCUGCUGCCCGCCCUUGGACCAAAGAAACGUCUCUACCAGAGAGGAAGAAGACAGCUGUUGUGACAGAGUAUCAACAACAUCCUGAAUUCAUGCCAAGGUUUCAUGGAGAUUUCUACAAGGAUGCAUUGCUAUUUCAGGACGAUGUGUGGCCAAAUGGAGAUAAAACAUCUGACCAUUCACUCAUAACUGAAACAGAGAUGACUGAAAACAUGGAUAUUCUGGACUAUCUGGACCACAGUCAGGGAAGUCAGGGUGAUCGAGUUCAUGAUGGCUUGCAUCGCCAUGGUAAAAUAACGUACAACCGGAAACUGUUGAGACCAGGUUCGCCCGACUCGGAUGGUUCUCCCACAUGGAUAGCUCCCGAGGCUUCACUGCGAGCAUGGAAACCAAAGAUAGGUUCACCGGAAUCGCCACAAAAACUCUACCCUCGAAGACUGUACUAAGACCUUUCUUUUAAACUAAUUCUGGGAUUGCUGCAACCCAAAUAUCUUUGCAAAAAAGUGUUUAUGUUACAGCAAAUUCCUUAUGGUUGACACGAAGUGCAGUGUAGCUUUAAGUUAUAACACAGACUAGUUGACAAAACCAUUGGAGGUUGGGGUAUGCCAUCCACAGACACCACACCCACCUACCCUUCAAAUAUUCUAUUUAAGUGUAUCUCUGAUUCAGAAACUCUGAUCAGACAACAUACACCCAGCUUCCCAAAUAGCUUGGGGAGAACAUUUUUCAGUAUUAACCAUAUUUAUAUUUGUGCCCUCAAUCCAAAAUUAAGUUAUCUGAUGAGUCUAAUUGACAAAUGGUGUUUCAACUCAAUGCUAGAAAUGGAAUUUAUUAAUUUCUUGGUGUUAAAUACAAUGAUUCACAAAUGUUGCUUCGACCAUAUCAGUGACGGGUUAUUUUUAAUAAAAGACCCAAUAAGAAAUAUGUGUUGCUGGUUGACAGACAUUUAUUUAAAUUAUAUCCAUGCAUUAAAGUGAAAUGCAAUCAAGAACAUAGAAAAUAUUUAUAACUUUAUGAAUGAUUUACUAAAUAAUUUCACCCUUUUUUGUCAUGUUUGUGUACAGAAUAAGUUAUAUAUGUACUACUAAUGUAAUCAGGGGUAGAAAUUGAAAUAUUCCAUUUGCCUGGGGGGACUAGUAGCCUAGAAAAGUAAUUAGUCUGUGAAAAAAACACUAGUUCCCUUAUUAUUCAGGCACUGUGCAGGAAAUUAAGCUCACUUGUGAGCGAAAUGUCUAGUGGGUUUCGAGUCAUGCUUCCUGAAAAAAAAACUAUUUAAAAACAAAAGGACAAUUCACGGAGUGGAGAGGGGUGGAUUUUAACACAAACCCCUCCCUCCUGUACUCACAUUUUAUUAAAACUCAGAAGGAGGGGAGGGGGGUGUGAGAAAGACAUUUUGUUUUUAAAAUUUGAUUUGUGACAGUUGGUGAUCAGUUGAAAAUUGAGAGCAACUACUAUUUAAUGUCCUAUAAUUGUGUGGCAAUAGAUUUAUGAAAUUUGUGUAUGGAAUCACGAUGCGAUACUGAACAAAAUGUUCCCUUGAACUAUGUUACAGACAGGAUGUGCAUCAUCUGUGGUUGAUCCUGAAAAUGUAAAGAUAAGUAUGCCUGCAUAACAAUCACAAUGGAAUACAUAGAUCUUCUGUAAUUUGUACUCAUCUCAAGCUAUUUGACUCACCUGGGAUGAGUGGGCCUGUAUUAGUUUCUAUCCCUGGUAAUAAAUUAUUUUGUUGCAAAGUUUUAAUUUAAUAUUUGUUUCUUGUAAAUAAAUUGACACUGUAUACAAUGUUAAUACCACGCAUCAACUUUUAUUUUAUGUUUCUUUGAGAGAAAGAAUUUUCAGUUGUACACAAUUGAUGUAAAAAUAUUAAAACUGGCAAAAGUGCCAUAUUAAUAAAUUAC